AUGCUGACGAAGCUAUGUGCAAAGCUCUGCUGUGCUCAGGCUGAUGGUGACGCUGACAAGGCCGAACCUGCCAUUCCCCAUGCGAGACGUUCGAUUAAUGAAGGAGGCGCCAGCCUGACAAAGAGCAUCAGUCCUGAGGUUGCUACUACCUCCUCGGGUCACGCUGCUGCCUCACCCAAGGACCUCUGGCAAGUAGCAUUCGACAACCUUGAUCCGAAACAAAAACAGUGGUUGUCCAAAGAAGAACACUCCCCGACCAAGGUCAUCCAGGAAGUUAUUAGUGAGACCGAAACUAAAUAUACAGAGUAUAAGAAGAAAGAGUUGAUUAUCCGAAAGCAUAAUGGGGGUGAGAUCAAAGUCCGCGAAAUUGCUCAGAAUAUCCUUGCGGCUGCAUUGAAUGUGCAGCAAAUAAUCACCGCGAUCGUGAGUUUCGACCCAAGUGGUCAUGCAUCAAGCGCCUGGACAAUAGUUUCGCUAGGUUUGACGAUGGUGCAGAGAGAUAUUGCGCGCAGAGAUGCCAUCUUAGAAGCCUCCGAAUACUUAGCAGAGCAGCUAGCAUAUUUUAGCUUCUUGGAUAGCGACCGCCGAUACACAAAUGGCGCUGGUGACAAGCAGCUAGAUAGUGCUCUUGUGGGAGUCUAUACAGCGAUACUUGAAUACACGGCGGAAGUAAAAAAGAUACACCAUGAAAGCGGCUUUGCUCGCAUAGGAAGUACACUCAUACCCCUUACCGAGCAGCCACUGCAAAAGCUUCGAACAGUUGUGGAAAAUAAAAUCACAAUGGCUGAAAAAUGGGCUACCGUCACAGAUCGCACAUAUCUGAAGGGACAGGCUGCGGACAUUCUUGCGGCUAUUGACAAGACUGUCGAAGAGCUCCAGAAAGUUCAGUCCACUGUACUAAGUAGGCUCUCUCAGAAAUCUCGACCAGAGACUCAUAGUCUGACGUUAGCAGGUGUCGAGGACAAAGGAAUACUUGAAUGGCUAUCUCAGUACGACUUUUCCAAAGCUCAGAACGACACUCAGGAUCACCGAUCACCAGGGACAGGCGAUUGGCUUUUGAAGUUAAAAGCCUAUGUAGAGUGGAAGGACUGCCCAGGUAGUAUCUUCUGGUUGCAUGGAGUGGGUAAGUUUUCUAGGCACCGUUCGGAUGAGGAAAAUACACUGACUGCUGGACAAGCGGGUUGUGGUAAAUCAGUCAUAUGCUCGACAGUGAUUGGGGACGUUCAACGAACGUGCCUGGAUAGUUCAAACAUGCGGUUGGCCUACUGGUACUUCCAAUUCAAUGACCCAGGAUCGCAAAGAGUUGAGAAUAUGCUCAGGGCUAUCAUUCGACAGCUCCAUUCAAACCCACUAGAUGGGCCUGUCAGGCGCAUUUGGAAAGAGCAUGGUACCAAAGGAAGCAAUCCAAGUAAUGUAAUGCUUCAAGAGACUCUCCACAAAAUGAUUAACGCCUACCAAGGAAACGUGUUCCUCAUUUUAGAUGCGUUGGAUGAAUGUCCCAACGCAGUCAAUCGCAAGGAAAGGAGCUUUUUGCUGGCAUUUCUUACCGAACUCCAAGAGAAAUGCAGUGAUAACAUUCACAUUCUUGUUACUAGUCGGCCAGAGCCAGAUAUAAUUGAACACCUUGAAUGGUGUACAGCUUUAGACCUCGAGGAAAAGCAGGGGUCUGACAUUCUAGCCUUUGUUAAGGUCAAAGUUGAGGCUCUGGACGAUAGAAUCGCUCCAAAGGAAGUGAAAACACAGAUAAUUCACGAGCUGCUACAGGACGACAAGAGACGAUUUCGCUGGGCAGACCUUCAAAUAAAGCGUCUAGAGGAAUGUCGCAAUAACUCCGAGAUCUUGGAAUCGUUGAAGACCAUGCCACAGACAUUGCACGACAUAUACAUCUCUGUAAUCGAGAGAAUCAACUCGAAGCGCUCUGAUAUCAUAUUCGCCAAGAAGAUACUCACUUGGCUGUGUUUCUGUGCCAGACCUCUCACCCUGACAGAAGUUGCAGCAGCAGCGGGCCUUGGUGUCCCAGAGGACAUUAUCAAGAUUUGCACAACUUCCUUUGUCACUUAUCGGCGCAUGGAUGAUGAGAUCAGGCUGGCUCACUUCUCUGUGAAGGAAUUUCUUGUUAGUAGCCAAAGUACUGGCCAAUGGCACCAACUCUCCACCUUGAAUGGCCAUGCCAUGCUAGCCAAGCAAAAUCUGAGAAUUCUACUGCAAAACACACGGCGUCUGCUCAAAGAGGAAGCGAAACAGGAGCUGCUGCUCGAUUAUGCCGCCUGUAACUGGCACGAACACUUCAAGGUUUGUGCUGUUACUACAAGCCUAGAACUCGAAAAGCUGCAGGAGAUGGUGAAUCAGCUUUUCCGACACCCGACUAUCUACCGCAACUGGCGAUAUAUAUCAACCGAGUUCGAGGAGCAAGAAGUACAGCCAAGCCCUAUCGGUGCUGCGUCUGAAUUAGGGCUCAUUCAAACCGUGAAUGGGUUACUAGAGGAAGGCGCAGACCCUUUGAAGUGGUUUGCAUAUGGGUCCGGACCAUUUCAAGAGCCUAGAAAUGCAGUAUUGUUAGCUUCUGAAAAUGGGCAUCUGGACGUACUGGAUUUGCUGCUGCACAAGGUGUUCAUAUCUCUUGACCUGGCCGAGGGCGUAUUGAAUAGUGUCCAACGCUACGGUCUCACAGUCAAGACGCUGGAAGAUAUAUUCGACACACUCUCAGCUUCAGGGAUUCUUUACACUGGAACUGAGAGCGGAGUUAUCCACAUAGAUGAAAGAAUUGUUGUCGCUGCAGCAAAGAACGAGCGUUGUGGCAUGGACCUAAUGGCUAUCCUCCUUGAUCAGUACGAAGAGACAGGAGUAGCAAUUGUGCCUGUGACAGAGGACGUAUUGGAAACCGUACUGCGAAACAGAGGAUGUGGGGGCGAUGUCUUGCAGGUUCUUCUCAAAAGGCGCAAUGCCGACGUCAAGAUCUAUCCACAGAUCAAGAAGAUGUUGGCAUGUCCGGCCCUCCUCAGCGACAGCGCGAUAGUAUUACUUCUUGCAGAACGGCGUACAGAAAUUGACUUGGAUGAGAAGUUCAUUGCCGGUUUUGCACAGUAUGCAAGCGAAACGGCAAUGGAGGUACUUCUAAGUACAUUGAAUGACGAUUUCUUGCUGGCUGAAAAUGUUCUGGUAGGAGCGGCUAAUAAUGGACUCCAUGUCGGUGUCUUGCGUCAAAUUCUUCGUCGACGACAGAAUCGGGCACAGGUUAGCGAGGAUGUACUCUGUACGGCAGUGUGUAAUACGAACGCACCCCAUUGUCUCGAAAUGCUUGAACUCCUACUAGAUGACUGUGGUCCGGAUUUUUCAAUAAGCGAAAAAGUCAUGCUGAAGAUCGUGAACAAAUGGAUAUAUGCAGCUGAGAUUCUCAACAUGCUUUUACACAGGCAGCAAGCUGGAUUCACCGUCACUCAUGCAAUUCUAUGCCAAGCAGCCUCUAACCCACAAGGUAAAGAUAUCUUUGAGAUACUCAUGAACAACGGAGGCUUGAGGAUCUCAAUAACCGAAGACAUAUUGCUCAAUUCAAGGAGUGAAGCCUUGAUCUGUUUUCUAUUAGAUCUUGAAGCAAGGUCUCAAAUAGAGGCCCUUCCUCUCACGGAAAAAGUCAUGUCGCAUGCUGUAAGACGCUUCACAACUAACACUGUGAAGGCAAUUUUCCGCGUACGACCAAUGGCCAAAGUGAGCGAUAAUAUGUUUGUUGAAGCAUGCAGUUGCGAUUCAUCGAUGCUAGCGCUUCUAAUGAAACAACCGCAUGGACAAUUACCGGUCUCGAAGAUGCUAAUAACAUUAGAAAAGUACGGUAAUCAUCAGAGUGCUACAGAAAUAAUCCAACUCCUUUUGGACAGAAAGCUCUUCGAAGUUGACCAAGGAAUUGUGGAAAGAUUUGCGCACAAUCAUCCAGCUUUGGAACUCCUGCUGCGGACAGCACCGUGUGUAUGCAUCACAGAGAAAGCCGCCAUCCGAGCAGCAGCAGCAUCCCACGAGAAAGCACUGUGCAUUCUGCUCGAUGAGCGAAUAGAGGAUAUUCCAAUCUCGGAAGAAUUCAUGAUAGCCGUGGCAGGAGCAGAAAGACCGACCAACAAUAUAAGACGGAUUCUCGCUCAUUGUGGCCCACAAGUACCAAUAACUGAGAAAGUUCUGUUGGCAGCCUCGUACACCUUGGACGCUUUUCAACUUCUUCUCCACGCACUUGGACCCGAUGUGCCUCCUUUCCUAACUGAGAAAGUGGUUAUGCUUGCCACUUAUCAAAAACUGUCUGCAUUACCUUGGUUAAUUGAAAGGUAUGGCUUCCAGGCACUGCCACUUACUGAAAGAGUCAUGGUUGCUGCUGCCGCAACCAGCCUUUCCGGGCUACAGUGGCUCCUCCAUAAGUGGCCUGCCGAAAUAGACUUCAACGACGUUUGGAGAGCGAUCUGGAGGUUUGAAAGGAACAACUGUGACUAUUUAAAUUGUCAUAAGCCUUUCAUUCUGCCAACAGUUCAGUAUAAAGCUGCGAGCCACAUUGUUCGAUAUACUAGAGCAGUCGAUCUAUCGGAGGAAGUCUUUCAGAGUGCCCGGAAUUCAUCUGCUCGUGAUCAAGACUCGAUUAAAAGACACUACAGUGGCUUAAUGCCUCUGAUCGAAAUAUGUAUUAUGCAUAGCUUGCCUGUUCCAGUAACAGAACGGUUAGUAAAGGUGUUUGAAAGUUGUGACGCUGAUCUCAUCGAAGCUAUCCGUGAGGCUGUCGAGAAAUAUGGCAAAUACCGCCGUGGCCCUGCAGGAGAGCUUGAUAAGAUGCUAUUGUCAUGCAUCCAAAGACAUUGUGGGACUUCUGUUGUUGAGGCAUAA